ACGUACACGUCAGCAGGAAAUGUGACUACCCGCACCACAAAGAUCAGACAAGAUUCUCAGGGUGAAGUGCCAUUAUUCCAUGAGGAUGAAAGUGCAUCCGGUAAAUCAAAUAUCAAACACCCUCUCGCCUGCUUUUUUCAUCUCUUCUUUCGCACAAGUGGCAUCAUGAUUUAUCUCUUCUGUGAGUUACUAAGCCGAAGUUUCAUCGCCAACAUGGUCACUAUCAUUUUACUUUUGUCAUGUGACUUCUGGACGGUAAAGAAUGUGACAGGGCGGCUGCUGGUUGGUUUGAGAUGGUGGAAUCAGGUAAAUGAAGAUGGACGCAGUCACUGGAUGUUUGAAUCCAGAACGGAAAGCAGUAAAAACAUUGUCUCAAACUCGGAGUCACAGAUUUUUUGGUUUGGUCUGGUAGUGUGUCCGGUGUUUUGGGUUUUCUUCAUGUUUAGCACUCUUUUGGCCCUCAACAUAAAGUGGUUGGCGGUUGUCAUCAUGGGAGUUGUCCUGCAAUGGGCUAACCUGUAUGGGUAUGUGCGAUGCAAAGUCGGUGGUGGAACCAAACUGAAACAUGUGGCGACUAACUACUUUGGUCUUCAGCUCUUCAAAAGGGUACUAAAAAAACCAGAAGGAACCUAAUUUGACUCUGCCUAUGUCUAAUUUAUUGGCAAAGAAGCCUUUUCCUUUUCCCCUUUUUCUAAUGAUUAUUUUUGAUCAUUUUUUUAUUAUAAUUAUUCUUUGUUCUUUCUUUUCCAUUGACAAGCUUUUCUGUUUUUCUAGACUGGUAAACUUUUUGUUCCCUUAAUAUUCCUUUCUGUCAACAUUUGUGUAACAUUUUUAUAGAAAAGAUAAAAAACUGUUAAAAAUUAAGAUUAAAAAUGCAUUCAAAAUCUUGUAGUCUGUACUGUGAAAAAACAGUGCACACACAGUAUGUGCGUUCCUUCUGUUGGUCAACAGAUGUCUCAGUUGUUCUACUCAGAAAGUAAUGUGCCACUCUCGAAAAUCUGCAGUGAUGAAUAAAUGUAAAACAUUUUCCAUUCAAAAUCAAAUGCAAAAAUGAGUCACCAUUAGUAUUAGACUGUAUGAGUCAAAUGUAUUUGUUAUUAAUAUCACAACGACCUCACCAAUAAGAUACUUUUUGACAACUAGACAUUAGUUAACAUUUGAAACCAGAAAUGAUAUGUCAGCAUAUCAGUAUUUAGAGUAUAUCAAGUACUAUAGCACUGCUUAAUAAUAUUAUUGUUCAGCUACAAAAUAGAAAGACUGACACAUCCAGAUAAGUACAGUAUGCUGAUAACAGUUAAACAUUUCAAUUAGUCAGGGGAAAGUGUUAAAACCAUUUAAUAUCCCUGUUAGAAGUUUAAGGAUGCCAAAUCUGAAAUAGGAGAGAAAUCAGAAUUGUUUGUCAUCUGCUGAAUUUUGCUCUCAUAAAGUUAUCGUCACGUUUGAGCUUAUCUGACUUAUCUGAAUUUGCCCAUAUCUGAAUUUUAUACUUCACCGUUACAACAAUGGCACGGGCCGCACAGUAGCUUGCCAGAUUUGUGACGUACAUGCCAGUAUUGUACUUGUUUUGUAGUCCAUAUCUGGAGUUUGACCAAAUCAAUAAUGACAUCCGCCCACAAUAAAAUAUGACUUUCCACAUGACAACUUUUGUUAGAU